GAGCAGCUCAUCAAGGAACUUCAUGGGGACAAGACAGUGGAGACACUGGCAACCGCACAGGAAGCGGGAGAGAAACUCAUGGAGCUGAGCCAAAAGAUAGGCGAGUUGGCCCCCAGCCUCUCGGAAGCCUCGAUGGAAGUAGCCGAGUCUUCUCUGGCCCUGGCGGCGCGUCACGCGGCGGUGCCUUGUGCGCUGCUGCUGACGGAUGUGGCGCUCUCCAUGACGCUGGAGGCAUCGAGGUUGCAGCUGACGGGGAAGAGCUUGCUGGAGGUGAAGCGUGACACCCUGGGGACCCUGCAGACGUUACAGCAGAAUCUGAGCAUGGCCAAGAUUUUGGGCUCGGUGGAUGCCGAAACCUUCAAGCUGUCAGUGGGUUUGGUCAGGAAAGCCACCAGUCGCAUCCUCCACAGCAUCAAGGAGGUGCAAAAGGCCAGUGAUGCUGCGCUGCAACGAGGUCGGCACUGUUUGGUCCACGCCUCCUCCGUCUGCCGCUUCGCCGCGGGCCGUGGCAACGACGACGGCCACGAUGGCCACGACGGAAACGGUGAACGCGAACGGCCGGCGCUGGCGUGUGGGGAGGACGCCUGGGACGCAGCUUCGGCCAACUCACCGCCACCAGCACCGGCCGCAUCGGCCGCACCGGCCGCAUCGGCUUCGCCGGUGCCGCACCCGGCGGCGCCGCCUGCGGCGGUGCCGCCGCAGCGACAGCAGAGGGCGCAGAACCAGCGGCUGCUGCGGCAGCUGAAUUCGGAGCUGAAGGAUCUGCAGCGGCGAGCCAAAGCGGCACUGAAGGCCCAGGAGGUUGAAAACCCAGAUGCUGACGUGUCACCCUUCACUGGUGAGCUCUUGUGGCUUGCCACCGAUGCCGUGCUGCAGCAAGAGCACUUUUUUUUGGAUCCGCAGCUCUUGAAGGCGACAGUGGCGCAGGAGUUUCACUUCGUGGAGGUCUGUGGCCUGGUGGACGACUUGUCGGUGCCCUGCGACUUCUCGGCCCAGCUGCUGCGUUACGCCGUGCUGUCGAACGCCCAGCAGGUGUUGCAAGGCUUGCAGGAAGCGAAGCGGAGGCUGCUGGCCCAGGCGAGAAGUGACGCUGUCAGGGCGGUGCUGGAGCAACACUUUGAGCUGCUGAGUGCUGCGGUGGUCGCCGCAAGAUGAGCACUACAGUGACCCCCUGGUAUUAUAACGGAUAUCGCAAUCAUGGCCAUUUAGAGUGAGUUUUCC